AUGAACACACCGCAGUACACUGCCAUCUUUACCCUCCUUGCCUUGGUCCCUGCCACCCUCGCUGGGCCUGCUCCUGCUCCUGGCCCAUUGGACGCUCGUGCAAUUGACAACAUUUUUGAGAAGCGAGCCUGUGGCGCUACCAAGUGCCUUUGCAACGGUGUUCAAGGCCAAUUCUGCGGUGAUCAAUUGGUCAAUUCUGCCUGUCUUGAUAGCCACGUCUACGAAUGCCAGGCCGGAACUGGAAAGGCUUGUGACUAUGGAGUUAGAGAUUCUUGCAAGAAAUGCGGCAAGCUGAACUGCUAA